CAUUUCUCUUUUUGUCGGUUUUCCUUUUUUGCACAGAAGGCUAUCAUCCCGAUCCCACCUCCUUCCUCCAUAAUCAUUUUUCUUUCAUACCCAUCUUCGCAAUCUUGAUUUGAGUAAAGCUUUUUGGAUCGUAAUCAUAAUCAUAAACAAGUAUCAAUCACACUUUCGAUAUUACCCAUGUGAAUUGAUUAAAUGGGCUGAAAGUCUUGAAAGAAACAAGGUUGAUAGCUAUCUUUGGUUUGGGUAUUUCAAGAUUCCUAAAAUUGGUUGAGAGAAGGGUGAAAUAAUUUCAUCUUGCAAUCUGUUUCUUCGAUUAUCAAAGAACCCAUCUCAAAUCCCUGCUCUUUUUUGCAAUUCUUGAAGAAAAUUCUUGAGGGCGAAAAGUUGAAAAGCUUAGGGUACAGAAUUAGUGUUGAGAGAUACAGAGAAAUGGGAUCUUUUGCUGGACAUGUGGUUCCAGGGACACUGUUUCUUGUGGUUGGUGUAUGGCAUAUAUGGUGCACAGUGGUCCGUUAUGCAGCAGACCCGAAAUCAUUUCGAGUUAGAGUUUGGAAUCCUGUUCCAGGUUUCAAUGGGAAAUUGAAGUACUUGGAGCUUUAUGUUAUAGCAGUUGGAGCUUUUAUUGAUAUGUGUAUAGAGCUUUUAUAUUCGACCCACCUUAAGUUCUUUGUUAAUGGUGUCUUGAACCCACAUCAUAUGAAUGAUUUUGAGCACGGUGGAAUGCUUCUGAUGUUCUUUGUCUUCAGUAUCAUUGCUUUGCUCUCUGAAAAGACCAGCUUCCUUCCGUUACCAGAAGGCGCUCUGUGCUUAAUAUCAGCCACAGCAUUCUGUGCAGAAUACCUCUUAUUCUUCUUUCAUUCAACGACACACAAAGGUCUAGAGGGACACUACCAUCUCCUCCUUGUUCUACUCGUAUCCCUAUGCAUAUUGUCGAUUGUUUGUGGGGCCAUCGUGCCCACAAGCCUCCCUGCUGAUCUGUGCAGCGGCAUUGCUAUAACCCUUCAAGGCCUGUGGUUUUAUCAAACGGCAUUUUCGCUCUAUGGGCCCAUGAUGCCAACUGGGUGUAAGCUCAACUUGAAUGAAAUCACGUGUUCCUCUCAUGAUCACGAGGUUCGCGGGCAGUUGCUGGCUAACUUGCAGAUAUUUGGGCUUGUUUUCUUGGUUCUUGCUGGUGUGGCGGGAUCAUACAUUUUAGCGGAUAAAAGGUCUGGGAAGGGUGAGUUCAGAAUGCUGCAUAUGACACCUGAUGAUGGAUUUCAUGAGCAAUUAUAAUUGUGUUGAAGUUUCAACUUUUUUGAUGUAGUAGCAGAUUAUCUGCAUAAGAUCAGGUGUAGAUUUGACACUCUCAAUUUGUACUUUUCCAUCUACUUUUUUUUCUGAUAUAUAUUUUUUUUAUUAAAUUGAAUUGGUACUGCAUUUGGUUGGAUGGAGUUUGAA